CUCGGGAGGCAAAGGCGGGAGGAUCGCUGGAGCCCAGGAGGUCGAGGCUGCAGUGAGCUACGGUCGCGUCACUGCACUCUGGCCUCGGCGAGGGUAAGACCCCCCACCAAAAAAAAGUAUAGGAGUCAGGCAACUGGCUAUCUGGAAGACAGCACCCCAGCACGAGGAGGCGGGGUGUGGAGAAGACCUUGAAAGGCAGGGUGCCUGAUAGGGGAGUAUGACAAUGUGGAGUUUGGGAGGGAAAGCAGGUGGGAUCAGACUGGGGGAGGCUUCCCCAAAUGUAAAAGGGACGAAGGGGCUUGGGGAAGAGCUGCUUCCCCAAAUGUAAAAGGGACGAAGGGGCUUGGGGAAGAGCUCUAGAGUGCCCCCGAGCUCCUUCUAGAUCAACGACUCCAGGAUGGGUGGGUGCCCGUGCUCCGCCCAACCUGCCCGGGCCCCGGCAGUGGAGCACGGCGCCACCACACUGGCGCUCCGCCGCCCAGAGCCACCCUGCCGCCGCUCGCCCCCGCCGGCGGCACAGAAACGAUGGCAGCCACCCAGGUCAGUGAGCGAUGGCAGGUGCGGGGCGGGAACCGAGCCCUAAGCUGCAACCAGAACCGAGCACGCACAGAGCGGCGCAGACCCAAUUCCCAGAUUCUACGCACAGCGGCGUUUCGCGAGGAGAGGGGCAAGCACCUCGGGUUGCCCAGCCUAGGGCGAGGCCAGGUGCGGCGGCCAGGGCGACCGGCGCAAGGCCUGCGGGGAUUACGUAAUGGCGUAAGGGGCGGGGAUGGAGGCGGGGCCGGACUGUUCUCGGCGAUACGUAAGGAAACGGGACCGAGGGCGGAGAAUCAGGCGAUGGGGGCGGGGAGAGGGCGGGGCUCAAGCCGGAACUGGACGGGGCUGAAGACGGAAAUGGGCGGGGCUCCGAGCGAGGGCGGGAAAAGUAGCGCUGGCAGGACGUACCUUGUGAGAUGCGAGCCGGACAACAGCUUGCAAGCAUGCUCCGCUGGACCCGAGCCUGGAGGCUCCCGCGUGAGGGACUCGGCCCCCACGGCCCUAGCUUCGCGAGGGUGCCUGUCGCACCCAGCAGCAGCAGCGGCGGCCGAGGGGGCGCCGAGCCGAGGCCGCUUCCGCUUUCCUACAGGCUUCUGGACGGGGAGGCAGCCCUCCCGGCCGUCGUCUUUUUGCACGGGCUCUUCGGCAGCAAAACUAAUUUCAACUCCAUCGCCAAGAUCUUGGCCCAGCAGACAGGCCGUAGGGUGCUGACGGUGGAUGCCCGUAACCACGGUGACAGCCCCCACAGCCCAGACAUGAGCUACGAGAUCAUGAGCCAGGACCUGCAGGACCUUCUGCCCCAGCUGGGCCUGGUGCCCUGCGUCGUCGUUGGCCACAGCAUGGGAGGGAAGACAGCCAUGCUGCUGGCACUACAGAGGCCAGAGCUGGUGGAACGUCUCAUUGCUGUAGAUAUCAGCCCAGUGGAAAGCACAGGUGUCUCCCACUUUGCAACCUACGUGGCAGCCAUGAGGGCCAUCAGCAUCCCAGAUGAGCUGCCCCGCUCCCGUGCCCGAAAACUGGCGGAUGAACAGCUCAGUUCUGUCGUCCAGGACAUGGCCGUGCGGCAGCACCUGCUCACCAACCUGGUAGAGGUAGACGGGCGCUUCGUGUGGAGGGUGAACUUGGAUGCCCUGGCCCAGCACCUAGACAAGCUCUUGGCUUUCCCACAGAGGCAGGAGUCCUACCUCGGACCAACACUCUUUCUCCGUGGUAGAAACUCCCAAUUCGUGCAUCCCAGCCACCACCCUGAGAUUAUGCGGCUCUUCCCUCGGGCCCAGAUACAGACGGUGCCGAACGCUGGCCACUGGAUCCACGCUGACUGCCCACAAGACUUCAUAGCUGCCAUCCGAGGCUUCCUGGUCUAAGAGUUGCUGGCAAGAAGGUGGCCGGGCGUGGUGGCUCAUGCCUGUAAUUCCAGCACUUUGGGAGGCUGAGGCGGGAGGAUCACUUGAGGCCAGGAGUUCGAGACCAGCCUGGCCAACAUGGUGAAACCCCGCCUCUACUAAAAAUACAAAAAUUAGCCUGGCGUGGUGGUGCACACCUGUAAUCCCAGCUACUCAGGAGGCUGAGGCAGGGGAAUCACUUGAACCCGGGAGGCAGAGGUUGCAAUGAGCCGAGAUCACACCACUACACUCCAGCCUAGGCAACAGAGCGAGACUCUCUCAAAAAAACCAAAACAAAACAAAGAGGAGGCACAAAACCCUAGGCUUCAAGUCCCUGCAGCCUGCUCCACAUUUGGGCACAGAAGGACUCAGAUGGGCACUGAGUGGGCACGAAGUUUUACAGGGGUGGUCAGACCUCAGGCUUUAAUGAAUAAAGACACUACUCCCAAA